AUGUGUUUUAUGGCAGCUAUAGAACACAGCAACAUACAUAAACGCAUUUCACUUAAAAUGUUGAUAAUUUUUGGAUGUUCCCACUACAGGUUAAGUUUCCUUUUCUUUUUUACGACAAUGAUAGUGUCGAUGUGGUGUUAUAGCAUAACUGCAUGUGCGCUAAUGAUUCCAUUGGUCAAAGCUAUUCUUAUUGAAUUGGAAAAGCUAGGAAUCGUGGAGCCCUAUGAAAAUACAAACAGGCCAAGCAACGGGAAUUUUGUGCCUAGCGACAUUGUCACUUUUUAUUAUCUUGGAGUUGCUUAUUCAUCAUCAAUAGGUGCAAUGGCAACGGUCAUUGGAAAUGAAACGAAUCAAAUAUUUAAAGCAUACUGUGAGAAGAUAUUCCCCCUAGGUCCGAGGAUGGAGUUCCCUCACUUCAUGCUCCUCACCCUUCCCGGGGUGCUCAUGUUACAGGCCUUUCUCUAUUUCUGGAUGAAUUUCUAUUUCCUGGGAAUGUUCAGAAUUCAAAACAGAUCCGUAGCUUCGACAUACAUGUCUGAAGAAGAGGCCCAAUAUGUUCAGACAUUGCUAACCGCCCAGUACCAGAAAAUGGGCAGAGUAUCACCCCAUGAAAUGAUUUUAUCUCUUGCGCUGAUGUCUACUCUGGGCUUACAAGCUGUAUCUACUUUUGUGUUUCAAAACGAUAAGGGCUUAAUUGUUUUCAAGUUAACGUCACCUUCAAUUGUUGCCGUCGCUUUUUUGUUUAUUAUUCCAAUCAAUUUGGAUAUAGCUAGAAUAUUUCGAAGACCCAGUGCUUCAUCUGCCACAUCCGAGCAAUUUACAAGCAGACAAUGUAAGACAUGCCUCACUUGGUCUAUUGUCAAAGACAGUGUGCAGUGGAGUGUACUUUUUGUUAUUGUAAGCACUGACGCAAUAUUCGAAGCACUUAAAGAGAGUCAUAUGAUCGAUGAAUUGGAGACGUUCCUACUUCUGUUUAAAGGCCCGACUUCCUUACUUAUCUUCGUUACUAUUAUAAUGUUUAAAAUAUUGACCGAAUUUGUGAGCAGUUCUUGUUUGGUGUACUGCGCAAUGCCUCACAUAGCUAGAGUGAGUGUAACACUAAAAAUUAACCCUCACUAUUUAAUGUCGAGUGCAGUACUGGCUAGUUGCCUCCCAUUCCAUCUUAUCGCUGGAACACCAGCCAAUGCACUGGUUGUUGCGUAUGGUAACAUUCCCCGUAAGAAAAUGAUGCUGGCAGGCACUGGUUUAUCAGUAAUCGGGAUUCUGGUGGUCUGGUUCACAGUUACUGUCUGGUCCAGAGCUAUUUGGCCCGAUAUAAAUAUGUAUCCAGAAUGGGCGAACAUUCACCAAUUUAUCAACAAUUAAAAUGAAAUAUUAUGUAUUA